AUGGGGGUUGCACCGUGCGGUGCUAGGGUUAAGGGUGGAGACCGUGAGAGUGGAGUUUGCAAUGGAGAGGAAGGAAGGGUGGAAAAGGCGAAGGCGCGGGAGAGGUGGCGAAACCGCAGCAACUCAAGGCGUUGGCCAUGUCGCGACCGGUUCGAUGGUGUAGGGUUAGUGGCGGUGAGGGGUCAGGCACGGUGGCUCGGUGGUGGUGCGACCAUAGUGGCCCCGCGGUUCACAGUGACUACAGGUGAAGCAUAA